GGAACAGAUUGUUGGGAGAGAGGGCAUUAGCGAGAGCUCGAAACCAGGCAGAACCAAGCACCCGUGAUCUGUCGGAUGGAGCCUUCUGGUUCAGAAAUGCCACGCCCUGGAACAUAUACGUGCGAUAUUUACGUGCCAUAUCCAUGUGAGAGAUGUGAAUAUAUGUGUAAUAUGCUUAAGACACACAUGCGCACUCACACGGGAGAGAGGCCGUAUGCAUGCGAUAUAUGUAAAUACAAGUUUACAACCUCCAGUGAUCUGAUGAUACACAUACGCACUCACACGGGAGAGAAACCGUUUGUGUGCGACAUAUGUGAACACAGGUGCAGGAGCUCCAGUCAUCUCAAGAAACAUAUGCGCACUCACACAGCAGAGAGGCCGUAUACGUGCGAUAUAUGUGAAUACAAGAGUAGGAGCUCCAGUGAUCUCAAGAUACACAUGCGCACUCACACGGGUGAGAAACCGUUUCCAUGUGAGGGAUGUGAAUAUAGGUGUUCUAGGUCCGAUGUGCUUAAGAUACACAUGCGCACUCACACGGGAGAGAAACCGUUUGCGUGUGAGAGAUGUGAAUAUAAGUUUACGACCUCCAGUGAUCUCAAGAAUCACAUGCGUACUCACACAGGAGAAAAGCCGUAUGCAUGCGAUAUAUGUGAAUACAGGUUUACGACCUCCAGUGAUCUCAAGACACACAUGCGCAUUCACACGGGUGAGAAACCGUUUGCGUGCGACAUAUGUGAAUACAGGUGUAGGAGCUCCAAGUAA